AUGGCUCGCGAAAACUCCCAGCUGGUCAUGGAAGACAUGAAGAUAUUCAUCAUUGUGAAGCGUCAGCUGGUCCCAUGCUCCGUAUGCGCUCUGACAAGACCGCAUAAGAUGCGAUACCAGUUGUUAAGGUGUUCCUCCGAAACAUGCAAGACGACAGCACCGUAUGAUGCUUGCCAGUGGCUGGGAAAGGUUCUUACCUGUCAAGAACUCAACCGAGUGACAAUCGUGGAGUCUGGUACUCAUGAGACCCUCGUCCGAGAGCGACGCCAGCCGCAGCUGACGCCACGACUGAAAGACUACGGUCGCGAAAUGGCCACUCAAGGUCUGAAACCAGCCCGAAUUCGCAUGGGUAUGGCGCGGCGAUUCGGGUUAUCCGAGGCGGAUAUGCCAACUCUGCGCCAAGUGCAAUGGUUCAUCAGCCACUACACGAAGAAGACGCUCCACUGA